ACAUGUUAUAUUAAAAGGAAGAAAAAAAAAAUCGAACAGUGCAUAGCCGACACUAUUGGACCGGCGCGUACGGCUUCCCCAUCAUUCCGUUCCGUCAUCAUUCUUCAAGCAGUCCACACUCAAUUUGGGAAUUUCCAACCACUCAAUACGACCUUAAUUUCACACCCACCUCUCCACUUCCUCACAUUCAUACUCACGGAUUUUGAUCAAUCAGAACAACUUCUAGCAGUGAUUCAGCUUCAUUGAUCGUCACAAAAAGAAAUUUUCAGGUGGGAAAGAGAAAUGAACGACGGGGAUGCAGCAAAGAAGCUGGGGUCGCCGGUGGUGCUGGUGUCGGCUACAUCUGCUACUGUUAACGGCAUAAGUAGUGGUGGUGGUGGUUUGUUCAGCAAAACUCGAUAUAAGUUCUGGGCAAUUGCUGCAAUUUUGCUACUAGCUUUGUGGUCUAUGUUCACCGGCUCCGUCACUCUCAAAUGGUCCGGCGCCGGCAACAUUAGCAACCCUCUCUCUGAUUCCUUUGAUUCCCCAGUCCGCGACCUCGACAUCUUGGAAGUUGAGGAGCGGGAGAAAUUGGUGAGGAGGUUUUGGAAUAUCUACACACACAGCAGAACAACACGGUUGCCGAGGUUCUGGCAGGAGGCGUUUGAGGCGGCGUACGAGCAUCUCACCAGCGACGUCGCCGGAUCAAGAAACGCCGCCAUUUCAGAAAUCGCCAAGAUGUCGUUAGUCUCCGUGGAUGUCGAGCCAUUGCCUCUCAACUCGGGUUUUGGAGGAAGCAGGAAAAGCAUGAGGCAAGGUGUUGUCAGGAAGAACACUGCAUAAAUCUUGCCCACCAACUGUUCGACCAAAUGCCAUGUAAUAAAGUUUCAAUUUUCCGAACAGAUUACUACAUCGUGAAGGCGUGUUUUAGUCGUUUCCAGCAUAAUAGCUGGAGAUGUUGAGCUUCAAGCUGCAAAUGCAGUGGUUGUACCAAAAUUGUGAACAACAUUUAUAGUUUUAUACAUCAUGUUAUGAUAAGAACAAUGGGGUAUUAAAUAUUAAUGCUUGUUUCUUAGUGGG